AGAGGCCACGCCCCCGGAAGCGGCGGUGCAGGUACGAAAAGCGCGCGCGGGGGUUCCAGGAGUCGUGGUUUCUUGCCUUGAUGUACUGGAGCAAUCAGAUCACACGGCGGCUUGGAGAAACCCAGGGACCAUGGGCGCCUCCAGGCUCUAUACCCUGGUGCUGGUCCUGCAGCCUCAGCGAGUUCUCCUGGGCAUGAAAAAGCGAGGCUUCGGGGCCGGCCGGUGGAAUGGCUUUGGGGGCAAAGUGCAAGAAGGAGAGACCAUCGAGGAUGGGGCCAGGAGGGAGCUGCAGGAGGAGAGCGGUCUGACGGUGGACGCCCUGCACAAGGUGGGCCAGAUCGUGUUUGAGUUCGUGGGCGAGCCUGAGCUCAUGGACGUGCAUGUCUUCUGCACAGACAGCGUCCAGGGGACCCCCGUGGAGAGCGACGAAAUGCGCCCAUGUUGGUUCCAGCUGGAUCAGAUCCCCUUCAAGGACAUGUGGCCCGACGACAGCUACUGGUUUCCACUCCUGCUUCAGAAGAAGAAAUUCCACGGGUACUUCAAGUUCCAGGGUCAGGACACCAUCCUGGACUACACGCUCCGUGAGGUGGACACGGUCUAGCGGGAGCCCAGGGCAGCCCCUGGGCAGGAGACAUGGCUGCUGAACAGCCACAAACCAUCUUCACCUGGGGGCACUGAGUGGCGCAGAGCUGGGUUUCAUCUGGAAUUAACUGGAUGGAAAGGAAAAUAAAGGUAUCUAGCGGCGUUUUUUUUUUUUUUGGA